GCCGCCUCACGGCGGGCAGCACGGGCGGGCGUGCGGCGGCUGCGGCGAGGGGCCGCGCCCGGGAGCCGGCGGCGGCGAGGUUCGGAGCUGUGCUGGAGCAGAGCGCUGAGAGCAGCCCCUGGAAACAGCGGCUGGCACCAGGGGCCAUGACGACGGAGACGGGCCCGGGCUCAGAGGUGAGGAACGCGCAGGAGGAGGCUCAGCAGCAGCAGCAGCAGCAGCAGGAGGCUGCACACGGGGCUCCCGCAGCCGCCCGCGACGCCGAGGCCAGCGAGAAGCCCGGGGCACAGGCCGAUGCCCGAAGUACGGAGCCGGGCGCAGAGAUGGAGGAGAAGGACUACAGUGAGACAGAUGGGCUCUCUGACAAAACAACCCCCAGCAAGACCCAGAAGUCACCCCAGAAAACCACCAAGAAAGUGAAGAGUGCGCUCUGCAGAGUCACCCUGCUCGACGCCUCUGAGUACGAGUGUGAAGUGGAGAAGCACGCCCGAGGCCAGGUGCUCUUUGACUUAGUGUGUGAGCACCUCAACCUCCUGGAGAAGGACUACUUCGGCCUCACCUUCUGCGACUCAGACAGCCAAAAGAACUGGCUGGACCCCUCCAAGGAGAUCAAGAAGCAGAUCCGCAGUGGGCCCUGGAACUUCGCCUUCACUGUAAAGUUUUACCCCCCAGACCCUGCCCAGCUCACGGAGGACAUCACAAGAUACUACCUGUGCCUGCAGCUGCGCGCAGACAUCAUCACGGGGCGCCUGCCCUGCUCCUUCGUCACACACGCCCUGCUGGGCUCCUACGCCGUGCAGGCCGAGCUGGGCGACUACGACGCCGAGGAGCACGUGGGCAACUACGUGAGCGAGCUGCGCUUCGCCCCCAACCAGACGCGGGAGCUGGAGGAGCGCAUCAUGGAGCUGCACAAGACCUACCGGGGAAUGACCCCCGGGGAAGCCGAGAUCCACUUCCUGGAGAACGCCAAGAAGCUCUCCAUGUACGGGGUGGACCUGCACCACGCCAAGGACUCUGAGGGCAUCGACAUCAUGCUGGGCGUCUGUGCCAACGGCCUCCUCAUCUACAGGGACCGGCUGAGGAUCAACCGCUUCGCCUGGCCCAAGAUCCUCAAAAUCUCCUACAAGAGGAGCAACUUCUACAUCAAGAUCCGCCCGGGCGAGUACGAGCAGUUUGAGAGCACCAUCGGCUUCAAGCUGCCCAACCACCGCUCUGCCAAGCGCCUCUGGAAGGUCUGCAUCGAGCACCACACCUUCUUCAGGCUGGUGUCCCCGGAGCCUCCCCCGAAGGGUUUCCUGGUGAUGGGCUCCAAGUUCCGCUACAGCGGGCGCACGCAGGCGCAGACGCGCCAGGCCAGUGCCCUCAUCGACCGCCCCGCGCCCUUCUUCGAGCGCUCCUCCAGCAAGCGCUACACCAUGUCCCGCAGCCUGGACGGAGAGUUCUCGCGCCCGGCCUCCGUCAGCGAGAACCACGACGCCGAGGCGGAGGGCGAGAAGCGGGAUGAGGACGGUGAGUUUGGCAGCAGGAGACGGUCUGAGACGGAGGACGAGGAGGUGACGACGCCAACCAAGAUCAAGGAGCUGAAGUUUUUAGACAAACCAGAGGAUGUUUUGCUGAAGCACCAGGCCAGCAUCAACGAGCUGAAACGGACCCUGAAGGAGCCCAACAGCAAGCUGGUUCACAGGGACCGGGACAGGAGGCUGCCUUCCUCACCAGCCUCUUCCUCACCCAAGCAUGAGGAUGAAACACCAAAGGGAACCCCAGAAAAGGCCAGCGAGGAAGGAGAAGACAGUGCUGACCUGGCCUCCCCUGACUCUGGCUGCGAGCUCACGCUGGCAGAAGCCGUGAGCAAGUCUCAGGAACCAAGUGGGGAAGAAAAGGAUAUAUCUGACCCGUCAGUAAAAUCCAGCCUGAAAGAAGAGAAUUUAAAGACUGCUGUUCCAGUGGUCUUCCAGAGAGCGGGCGUGAGGGAGGGCGCCGAGGAGAGAGCGAAACCGCCUCGGCACAGGGCCCCCGAGAGCGACACCGGCGAGGAGGAGCAGGACCAGGAGAAGGACUCUGUCUUUCUGAAGGACAACCACUUGGCCAUCGAGCGCAAGUGCUCCAGCAUCACGGUCAGCUCAACCUCCAGCCUGGAAGCAGAGGUGGACUUCACAGUCAUCGGGGACUUCCACGGCACGGCCUUCGAGGACAUCUCCCGGAGCCUGCCUGAGCUGGACAAGGACAAGAGUGAAACGGAAGACGAAGGCCCCGUUUCCUUCCAGCACACUGACAAAGUAGCUCCCAGACUGGAAGAGGAUGUCAAAGGUGGGGAGAAGGUCUCCCAAGCCAGCCCAGAUGUCUCCCAGCCAGAGCCGGCAGCCCCCAAGGCGGAUGCUGUGGCGGUGGGCCCGGGGCCAGGCCUGAAGAAGCCUGAAGCAGACGGCUCCGCUGCCCCCCGGGUGGGCACCACGGACACGGCACAGGUGGAAGGCGGCAGCCCGGGCAGCAGGGAGGCCACAGCCGCCGCUCACACCGGCACCGCCGAGACCGCACCACCGCCCUCGGAUCAUAGCAGCAAGGCUGGGAAAGGGGCCGCUCCUGUGACAGACCUGCGCUCCCUCUCACCGAUCACCAGCAGCUCUGCUGGGAAGGAUGUGCUCACCAGCAUAUUCAGUGCCACUGCAGAAACACUCUCCACUUCCACCACCACUCACGUUACCAAGACUGUGAAAGGAGGGUUCUCCGAGACCCGGAUAGAGAAGCGCAUCAUCAUCACAGGAGAUGAAGACGUGGACCAGGACCAGGCACUGGCCUUAGCAAUCAAAGAGGCAAAACUACAGCAUCCUGACAUGCUGGUAACCAAAGCUGUGGUGUACAGAGAAACAGAGCCUUCUCCAGAAGAAAGGGACAAGAAACCUCAGGAAUCUUGACCAACAUGCUCAUGGAGGUCGGCAUCUGGAUCCAAACUGGGGCACGCAGAGAAGGAGCCUUCGUGCUGGAUUUGUCAGCGACACACAGACAUCCUGGCUGCAACGGUCAUGGCGAGAGACAAACAUUGUUAACAAAGGAAUAGCAAAUAUAUUAUAUAUAUAUAUACAUACAUACAUAUAUAUAUAUAUAUAAACAGGAAACAAAUGCAUCCUUGCACUGCUGCUAUAUGCUGGAAACGAAUAGCAAACAACAGCACCAACAAACCAAGCCAACCCUCUGCAGACACAUUGAAGAAUUUACUGGAUUGGUGAUACAAUAAGAUUUUAGCAGUCCCAACAGUGAUGUUGUGAACAGUACGGUACAGCCACCAUCUUGCAUGUUUCAUCACAGGACACACAGUCAUCACUUCAUUUGUCGCACACUGAAUGGAAGGGAAAACUGCUUUGCAACAAAGCAAGAGAUAAGCAAACUGAGAUAAACCCCCCCAAGCAGAAGCAGAACCAUUGGCCACCUCUGGAAAGAAGAGAGGAACACGUGGAGUUUCUUACCUGAGGGUUAUUUUGCAGUUCACAAGUGUCGUUUCGCCUUUCUGCUCAUUCCACGCUGGUUCUUUCGCAUCUCCCGGGCUUCUGUUUGACCUUCCCCCUCCAUUCCCGAUCUGCUCUGUGCACUUGUCCAACCUCUUGUUCUCUGAACGUAUCUAAGGAUGGGUUUCAUUUCAGACAACACAGAUGGUAUGUAUAUGGUUUCUCAUUUAUUAAAAGCAGCCUGUAGGGGUUUCAUAUGGAUGUGCAUUUAAGUUAUGUAUAUGAUUAUGUGUAAGGAGGGGGGAGGGAGGGAGCAGUGCUGAGGUAACUCCAACAGUGCUGGUAAACACGAGGGCGACGCUUUUAAGUUAUUAGCUCUUUGAUUGACUGUGGUUGGUGUAUUUUGAGGCUCUUAAAUCACACGUGGGACUCUCAGUCCUGCAAGAACAGAGCAGGGAGGGUUUCAGCCGCUGCUGCUUUGUGGAGGAAGGGGAGAGGGCACGAGGCAGGAGAUGCCCCACCGGCCGCUCUGCAGCGCCUGGGGGUGGGUGUGGAGGGGCAGCGGUGAGCCGGAGGGGCAGGGAGGAGGCCGAGGCCGCGGCUCCAGCAGCUGUGGGCAGGAUGGUGUCCCCAGCCCCUGCGUGGAGGGGCCAGCUGGGAGCAAGCUGGCAGUGGCAGGCCUGUGCUCACCGCUCCUCCCCGGGCCACUGAGCCGUGCCGGCGGCUGGGGUGGUUUUGCUUUGUUCCUGGAUCCCCGUAAUGAAGUUACUUGAGCUUUGUAGAAGGGGCGAAGGCAGCGGGGUUGUUUGUGCCCUGCUGCCCGGGCUGUGAUGGCAGGGGCGAGGGGCAAGGGCUGCCUGAGGCGCUGCGGGCGGGUGGCAGCGACGGAGGGGCGAUGGCGGUCCUUGCCCUGGGUCCCGGCGCCGCUCGGUGUCCCAGGCCUGCCCGGAGGGACGGGAGAGCUCGGGCCCACACGUGUGACAGCGUGAGGAGGAGAUGCUGGCCCGGCUGCCUUCCCCAGCACACCCCAGCUUGGCCUUUGGCCACGGGCUUCUCGACGGCUGCCUUUGGAAGGGGAUCGUGGGCCAAGCCCAGGGCCUCGUACACUGUGAACCAGGCAGUUGGGGUAGGCUUGGAACCAAAAGCAGAGAGCAAAGGAAGUAACCGGGUUUCCUUCUUGGAGUCGUCUCUAGCUCCCGAGGAAACAGAAGGGCCCAGGAUUCCGCACCAUUUUGCCUUUAGUCUCCCACCCCUCACACAGACGGCACCCAGCAGCUGGGCAGGUCCUGCGGCGGCUCGGAGGGCACCAGCGGGCAGGAGCCGUGGGCAGAGCCUCCGCUGCCCUGCCUGGCCCCACGGCUCGCCAGCCGCUCGCCGCCGUGUCCCGUGGAGCCCGUUCUCCUGCGGCUGUGAGAGGCGUGAGCCUGGGCCGCGGGCAGAGCUGCCGCCUGGGCCUCCCCAGCCUCCAUCCGAGCGCCUUCCGCUGCCUGGAGAGACCAGACCCUCGGCCAGAAGAAGGGUUGAGGCGGCCGCAGAGAGGCCGCUUUGCUCUCUUGGCUCAGGCUCCCCAGCCCAGCUGUCCGCAGCGGUGGCACGUUCAGGAGAGGCCUCGGGGCCACACGCUGCGGGUGCUUGGCAGCUCCGUAGUGGGGAGCCCCCGGGGCUCCGGCACCUUUGGAACCCGGCAGAGGCUGCUGCGGAGCCAGACGCUGGCUUUCGGCGUCCUGUGUGGUUCCAACAGCCAAGGGUCCUGUUAGAAUCGGCGGCCUCGCACAGCUCGUGCCGGCCUCGCUGCGUGCUCGGGCUGAGGUGAGUGUGGGCUGAGCAGGUCCAGCCCCUGCUCCCACAGCCUGUGUCAUGGGUGGCAGUGUUGGAAAACUUCAGAAAGGAGAGAAGAAAGCUCCCAGCAUGCUUGGGCAGCGAGGUGUGGGCUUCUGCUCAGCACAACCCCAGGGGCUCAGCACCCCCAGCCCGUCCCUCGCCCUGAGCUGAUGGCCGCUUGUUUCCUUCCAGGGGCCUUUCUGUGGAAGGGGGUGGGAGACACGAGUGCCUGUUUUUAACCUGACCCCACAAAUUCAUUCCAAACCUGGCCUGCGAUUGCAUGAGUCACAGUAACAGCCACAACAACAGUGCUAAUCCUGACUUUCGUUUGAGAAGCACCUUACCAACCAACUGCAGCGCUCUGUUGUCCCUUCACUAACUCUCCUUGGCUCUUCCCUUGUUUGCCUCCCCCCUCCUUGGCCACGCUCCCUUUCAGUGCUCGGUGGUGUGUGCGUGUGUGCUCACUGUUCUUGUACUCAAUAAAGGUGAAAUAAAUGUGUUUGAUGCUAAAUCA